CCGCAUCCCUCCCCCGCCCCCCCGCGCCGCCGCGGCGGCUCCGCGGGCGGCACCGUGGGCGCAGGUCGCGCCGCGGAGCCGUGGCGGCAGCGCCGAGCACCCGGCGGCGCCGAGCAGCCGGCAGCGCCGAGCACCCGGCGGCCCGGGCGGCCCCGCGCUGCCGAGCGGGAGCGGGGCCCCGGCCCGGCAUGUGCUGCGGGGCCGCGCCAUGUGCCCCCCCGGCCGGCGGGCGCCCCCGGCCCCGUGAGGAGGCGGCCGCCCCGACGCCGCGGUGCCCGGCGCCACCAUGGCGCGGGGCUCAGAUGCGGCGCUGUCGGAGAUGACGGCGGGCAGCCGGUCGCGGAGCUCCAGCAGCGAGGCCAGCCUGGCCGCCCACUGCCUCCUGAGCAAGCAGAGCCGCCUGCUCAACGGGGCCGCCCGGGGCAGCAGCCGUGCCGCCUCCCCCAUGGGCCGCGUCAUCCUCAUCAACUCCCCCAUCGAAGCCAGCAGCAAUGAGAGCGACAUCAUCAACGCCAUCACGGUGGAGAAGAGCCUGGACGGCAAGCUGGGCUUCAGCGUCCGCGGCGGCUCCGAGCACGGGCUGGGCAUCUUCGUGAGCAAAGUGGAGGAGGGCAGUGCGGCUGAGCAGGCCGGGCUGUGCGUGGGCGACAAGAUCACGGAGGUGAACAGUGUGAGCCUGGAGAACAUCACCAUGAGCAGCGCCGUCAAGGUCCUCACCGGGAACAACCGCCUCCGCAUGGUGGUCCGGCGGAUGGGCCGCGUGCCGGGCAUCAAGUUCUCCAAGGAGAAGACGGCCUGGGUGGACGUGGUGAACAGGCGCCUGGUGGUGGAGAAGAGCGGCUCGACGCCGUCGGAGAGCGGCUCCGAAGACGGCCUGCGGCGCAUCGUCCACCUCUACACCACCUCCGACGACUACUGCCUGGGCUUCAACAUCCGCGGCGGCAGGGAGUUCGGCCUCGGCAUCUACGUCUCCAAGGUGGACCCCGGGGGGCUGGCGGAGCAGAACGGCAUUCGGGUGGGAGACCAAGUCCUUGCAGCCAACGGAGUCAAGUUCGAAGACAUAAGCCAUAGCAAGGCAGUGGAGGUGCUGAAGGGGCAGACCCACAUCAUGCUGACUAUCAAGGAGACCGGCCGGUUCCCUGCCUACAAGGAAAUGGUGGCCGAAUACUGCUGGCUCAGUCACUUGACCAACGGGCAGCUGCAGCAGCUGUCGCAGGCCUCAGAGACCAGCUCCUCCAUCUCCUCGUACUCGUCGGGGCCGGCGCCGGGGGCACUCAAUGGCCUGGCCGCCGCCGCCCCGGGCCCCCCAGCCCGCACCGUGGACGUGGCCAUCUCCACGGAGGACGGGCUGCGGCGGGGCUGGAGCCGGGAGCGCGCCGAGCGGGCCAUGCAGACGGAGCCAGCUGUCGAGGGGCUGCCGGAGACGCGGCGCACGGUGCGGCCCCCCGAGCUGCUGCGCGACACGGCCAUCCGGGGGGGCCAGGGCCAGCCCCCCGGCCCUCUCCCGCGCCGGCCCUUCACCCACUCGCCCAAGACAGCGCUGCUGCUGGCCCUGAGCUGGCCCCGGCAGCCCAUCACGCGCUCCCAGAGCGAUCUCACUGUCGCCGAGGAGAAGCGGAAGAAGGAGAAGCCGGAGGAGCUGGGGGUGCGGGGGGCCCCCCCCGGCCUGCACCGCUCCAAGACCCUCGUCAACCUCUUCUUCAAGGGCGGCCGUGCCACCAGCCAGAGCUGGGCCCCCCCCGGCCCAGACCCCCCCGCACCUGACCACCGGGCGCACGCCAAGUCCCCGGGGCGCCCCGACGGGGACAGAGUAGGCGCUGUGCAGAAGUUUGUCAUCCGGAGCCUGCAGCGGGAGAAGAGCCGCCGCGCCAGCAUCCUGGGCCCCGCGGGCAUGGGCGCACUGCAGCCCCCCGGCAGCGACCCCGCCGCCCGGCUGCCCCUCGUGCAGGACACCGCCGCCCGGCUGCUCAGCCCCGACGAGGUGGCGGCCGUGCUUCGCCACUGCACCCGGUACCUGCAUGAGGGCAGCGUAGAGGACUUGGUGAGGCCGCUGCUCGCCAUCCUGGACCGGCCCGAGAAGGUGCUGCUGCUGCGUGAUGUGAGGAGCGUGGUGGCCCCCACGGACCUGGGCCGGUUCGACAGCAUGGUGAUGCCGCUGGAGCUGGAGGCGUACGACGCCCUGAAGAGCCGCUCGGUGCGGUCGCCUGCCCUCCGCCCGGCCCAUCACGACAUACCCCCCAAGAGACACCUCAUCACACCAGUGCCUGACUACCGGGGCGGAUUCCUGCUGAAGCCGGCGGGAGCCCAGGAGCCGGAGGAAGCCGGGGGGCUGCAGGGGAGCCCGUCCCGGCCACGGGCCUCCCCAAGCCCCCGCCGGUCUCACCCCCGCGUCUACACCCCCCUCCCCGACGUGCCAGUGGACGCCUACACCUGCUCCAGCGGCCCCCUGCCCGCCGCGGGCCCUGGGCCCCCCAACUGGCUGCUGACGGAGCCCCUGGGAGAGGGGCGCUCGCGCAGCCCCCGGCCUGCCUGGCGCCAGCAGCCCCUGGCGCCCCACAGCAGGUCUGAGGACCCCCACCACUCCGUGCCGGUGAAGCCCCGCCGGGGCCGGCUGCCCCUCGCUCACCUCUUUGGGGGGCCGGGAGGUGAGGUGGGGGCCAAGCCAGCCACCAACGGCCCUGAGGCCGCUGGGGAGGAGGAGGAGGAAGAGGAGGAGCAGCGGCUGCUCACCGUCACCCUCUCCAAGCUGAAGCACUCGCUGGGGAUCAGCAUCUCCGGCGGCAUUGAGUCGCGGGCGCAGCCCAUGGUGAAGAUUGAGAAGAUCUUCCCCGGGGGAGCUGCCUUCCUCAGCGGUGUCCUCAAGGCUGGGCACGAGCUGGUGGCGGUGGACGGGGAGAGCCUGGAGAACGUCACGCACCAGCGGGCUGUGGACAUCAUCCGCCAGGCCUACCGCAACAAAGCCAAGGAGCCCAUGGAGCUGGUGGUGCGGGUGCCCGUGGCCCCCCCGGAGUGAUGCUGCACCCCCCCCCCCCCUCAAGCUUUCCCAUACCCCCAAGGAGCCGGCUCAUUCCUGCACCCAGCAGUGGCCGGUCUCAGUGCAGCAGGAAAAGGGGCGCAAGCGCCAGAGCACCCCACGGCCUGGGCGCAGAGGAGCUUCCCCCAGCAGGACCCACGCGGGAGCACCCAGAGGCAGGUUGGAGACAUUGGGGGGGGGGGGGGGGCAGGUGGCACCCAGCCCCGCUCUGGACACACAGCUGUGACACUGCCCUGAAAAAACACAGCCAGGAGCUUGGUUUUAAUUGGCAUUUUGGGGUGGUACAAGGGCGAGCCAGGCUCUGGAAGUGGGACACAACGGAAAUAAAGUAUAAAACCCCCCCGAGAGCUGGGGGCGACCAAGCCA